UGAUGAGACAUGGAAGCAUCUACUCGAAGAUUCAAUCAGAAUCUCAAAACUUAACCAGUUUGCUACGGACUUUCUCAGGCAGGAGAGCAGUAGACUGUAUCUAUGAUCAUCUAAACACUAUGGAGAAAUACAUUUCGAAGAAUAAAAAAUAAGUUACUUGCCAAAGACUUUCCUUCCAACCAUCAGUGGUUUAACAGUAAACCCUUGAGCUUAAGAAAGGAGCUAAGGAACAAGCUGGUGGUCAUUGACUUUUGGACCUACUGUUGCAUUAACUGUCUCCAUGUUCUCCCAGAGCUUGAGUGGUUAGAGACGAAGUACUCCGACGAACCUGGAAUUACAUUCAUUGGGUGCCAUUCUGCCAAGUUUACUAAUGAAAGAGAGUCAGACAAGGUACAAGAAGCAGUCCUUAAGUAUGACGUCAAACACCCUGUUUUCAACGACGAAGAGAUGAUUUUUUGGGAUCAGCUUGAAAGAAGGAGUUGGCCCAGUAUUGCUAUAAUCUCACCUGACGGAGUUCCAAUUCUGUUCCUUAGCGGUGAAGGUCAUAAAAAUAGAAUAGAUAUGUUCCUUGAAGCAUCUGCUGAGUUCUACAAUGAUAGGCUCGAUCGGACUCCAAUUGACUUGUACUUGGAAGAAGAGAAAGAAAUUCAAGAGAAGGAGUCAAAAGCAACUAGAGUUGAUUCUUUGACUUCUGAAGAACAUGCUGCUUUAAAUUCGAAUCUUCGCUUUCCUAGUAAAAUUAUAAGUAUAGCAACUCAACCUUGCCUGCCGUACGACUGAAACUUAAUGGUCAUCUCAGACACAGGGAACAACAGAGUAAUAAUUGUGGACAUAGAAACUAACGAAUGCCUCGAUGUGAUUGGGUCGGGUAAUAUUGGCCUAGUCGACGGAGAAUACGGUGACUGCGCUUUCCACCAUCCUCAAGGAAUUUGUCAUGUCUACAGAGAGAACGAGCACUUUCUCUACGUCUGCGACUCAAACAACCAUGCUAUCAGAGAGAUCAACCUCAACAAGAAAGAAGUACUGACAGUUAUAGGAACUGGUGAGCAAGGCAGGGAUCGUGAAGGCAACAAAAAGCCUGAGUUUCAAAAACUUUCGAGCCCAUGGGACAUAGUUGCUAUCAACAGAGAUACUCUGAUUAUAGCAAUGGCAGGUGUUCACCAGAUUUGGGCUUUGAAUCUGAAAAAUAAUCGGUGUUUCAACUUCAGUGGAACCGGAUCAGAAGCAAAUCUAGAUAGUAGUGUCAACCUAAAGAAAUGAGAAUGGGCUCAGCCAUCUGGACUAUCUCUUGGAGUAAUUAGCAAAGAAAAAAUGGAGAUCUAUGUUGCUGAUUCAGAAAGUAGCGCGAUAAGAGCUAUUGACAUGAAAACUCUCAAUUCUUCAAGAAAUGUAGCAGGAGGUGACUCUGAUCCCUAUAAUCUCCAUGCCUAUGGUGACAAAGACGAUGUCGGCAACAAGGCGAAACUUCAACACCCCUUAGGAGUCCAUUUCGUUAAGAAUAAGAAUGUUGUGCUUGUUACCGACACUUAUAAUCAUAAAAUAAAAGUCAUUGAUCCUUUCACCGAUGAGAUUUUCUCUUGGCUUGGAAAUGGAGAAGGAGGUCUCAAAGACGGAAAUUCAACUAGUUCUCAGUUCAGCGAACCAAGCGGAUGCUGCUCAAUCUGGAAUAAAGACUCCAGUGACAAUGACAAACUAACAGUCCUCAUCGCAGACACUAACAAUCACUGAAUCAGAAUGGUCGACUAUGAUGAAGGAGAUGUUUCUACAGUCAGGCUCAAAAAUAUUCCACCAGCUAGAACCCCUUUCACUGGCCCAGUAAAAACAGAAAUGGAAGUGAAAUGCGAAGAUGGGUUCUGCGUUCCUAAAUUCAAAAACAAGAGAUAAGUUUCAACCUGGUGUUCACAAA